GAGUUGUACGAUGCUCUGCUACCCGGCGGCCGUUGUUGUGAUGGUGACCGAAGCGGAGCAACUUUAGUCGGUCAUGUUUCUCCGCCGCUGCCGCUCCUUACACAACAGCUGGCUGCUGGUGUGAGGUAGCCGCUCUGCGAUGGCGUCUGGACCGGGCACGACGCCGGUGGCCCAGGCCAGCGCGGGCAGCAGCGGCCCUGAUGGAUUCUUCCGGAAGCCCAGAGAGGCGGCCGGUUCCUCCAGACACUACAGACCCCCUCGCUCUCUCCCUGACGUCUGUCCCAAGGAGCCCACCGGGGAAGCCCGGGGGCUGUGUGAGGGUCCGUCGGUGGUGGCGGAUCAGCACCGGUGGACGGUGUAUAACUCUAAAGUGAACCUGCCGGCCGCCCUAAACGACCCGCGCCUCGCCAAACGCGAGUCUGACUUCUUCACCAAGAACUGGGGGCUGGACUUCACCGAGACCGAGGUGAUGCCUUCAUUCUACCUGCCCAACAUAACGGCCGAACACUUCAGCGAGUACCUGCAGGAGACCGCUCAGAGGGAGAAAAUCCACGAGAGGUGUAAGAACAUUUGUCCCAAUAAAGACGAUCUGUCCGUGCCCAACAUCACAAACAACCACGAUAAAGCCAAAGAAGAGCUUGAGCAGGUGCCUAAGAUCUUCAUGAGGCCGGACUUCGUGCUGAACGACCCCGCCACAUUCAACACUGUGUUACCGUGGUCUCACUUCAGCGUUGCCGGGGGGAAGAACAGUCGAGAUGGUGCGUCGUCACGGUUACUGCAGGAAAAGUUGAGUCACUAUCUGGAUGUGGUGGAGGUCAGCAUCGCCCGGCAGAUCUCUCUGCGCUCCGAGGCGUUUUUCCACGCCAUGUCCUCCCAGCACGAGCUGCAGGACCGGCUGCGGGAGACGGCGGUCGCCGUGGCGACGCUGAGGGCCCGGACGGCGGUGAUGGACCGGGUGAUGUGCCGGGGGCCGCUCCAGGCUCUGAAGGACACGGUGACCCGCAGUAACUGUGCCAAGCUGCACGGAAAGCUGAAGCUGAUGGCGGCUGUGCAGCAGACGCAGCCCACCGUGCAGUUACUGCUCUCCACCUCCGAGUUCGUGGGGGCGCUAGAGCUCAUCGCCACCACCAAGGAGGUGCUGCAGCAGGAGCUACAGGGCAUACACAGCUUCAGGCACCUGGGCUCUCAGCUGUGUGAGAUGGAGAAGCUGAUUGAUAAAAUGAUUGUGGCUGAUUUUACUACCUAUUCCAGAAGUGACCUCAACCGCUCCUUUGAGGACGACAGCCAAGUGUUGGAAAAGGUUCCAAACCACAAACCGGCGAAUGAGAAGGACCGUCUCCAGUCUCUGGUGUUUGGUUUACUGAGGCAGAGGAAGCUGGAUUUCCUGGAUAUUUACAGUGAGGAGAUGAUGCAGGCAGCUAAAGGCAUCGUCAGGCAGUGUGUGUUGAGAUCCGUGUCUCAGAUUGAGGACAUCGACACAGACACUGUGGUAAAGCUGCAGGAUCAGAUGAGGUUGAUGAAGUUCUCUCAGUGGUUUGAGUUGCUGCAGAACGUCUUCGAGCAUUUUGUUCUCUUCCUCACCAGAAUCAAGGCCACUCUCAGCGUGAUCCGUAACGUAGUUCUGGAAGUGCUGGACAGUUGUCAGAGGAGCCGCAUGGCCGACUCUUCUUCUGCGAUUGCCGACGGGAACUGUGGUGAGAAUGAAGACGAGGAUGAGGAGCAUUCCGGAGGCUCGAGUCUUCGUCCCGGAGAGGCGGAGCUUGCGUAUCUCACACACGAGGGGCUGUUCAUCAGCGAUGCAUUAAAUGAAGCAGAGCGGCGCAGCAGCACAGCCGCACCGUCAAAAACGCAAACGCAAACCCGAGCGGAGACGUCCGGGAGCGACUCGGCCUCGGGAACCACAGAGUCUUCAUCCAGCAGAGAGCAGACCACUAACACUACCUCCUCCCUGCCCACAGGGGGCACCACCUCCAUUGAGGAUCUGAUGCCGUCUGAUCUGGAACUGGGCCGAGUGGCCAACAACAUCCAGGAGCUCCUCUACACCGCCUCCGACAUCAGCCACGACCGCUGUGUUAAAGUCCUGCUGGCUAAAGCCAAGGACUGUUCUCUGGAGCGUCUGAGCUCGGCGGAGUUUGUGUGUGUGAGCCGGGCGGUGGAGGGCUUCGUGAAGGAGACGGAGGCUCUGUGCAGCAGACGCAGCGUCAGCCUGAGGGGGGCGCUGCAGAGCCAGGCCAACCGCUUCGUCCACCGCUUCCACGAGGAGCGCAAAACCAAGCUCAGUCUGCUGCUGGACAAUGAGAGAUGGAAGCAGGCUGAGGUUCCGGCUGAGUUUCAGCACCUGGUCGACUCCAUCGCAGACGGACACAUCACACUGCCUGAACGCAAACCUGCAGGAACGGAAGACAAGAAGCCCAGUGACUUCCUGCUGGUUGACGGGCAGAAGUAUGCGGUUGUCGGGACGGUGCUGCUGCUGAUCCGGAUCUUUCUGGAAUACUGCCAGUGUGUGAACGACAUCCCGUCCAUCACCACUGACAUGCUCACACGCCUCGCAGAUCUACUCAAGCACUUCAACUCGCGGAGCUGUCAGCUGGUUCUUGGGGCCGGAGCUCUGCAGGUGGUGGGGCUCAAAACCAUCACCACCAAGAACCUGGCUCUCGUGUCUCGCUGUCUGCAGCUGGUUGUUCACUACAUCCCCAUCAUUAGAGCACACUUCGAGACCAAACUGCAGCCCAAACAGUACAGCAUCCUGCGCCACUUUGACCACAUCACCAAGGACUAUAACGACCACAUUGCUGAGAUCUCAGCUAAACUCGUGGCCAUUAUGGACGGCCUGUUUGAAAGAGUGCUAUCAAAGUAUGAAGUGAAAGCCCCGAUGCCGUCGCUGUGUUUUCGUAAUGUCUGCAAGCAAAUGGCCAAAAUGCACGAGGCCAUCCACGAUCUCCUACCUGAGGAGCAGACACAGAUGUUGUUUCUGCGGAUCAACACAAGCUUUAAGAUGCACCUGAAGAGGCAGCUCUCUCGACUGGGGGUCAUAAACGAUGGUGGUCCUCAGCAAGGGCUGGUGGUGGUUGACGUGGCCUUCUACACAGAGAACGUUCAGGCGCUGCGCUCGCUGGAGCGUUUGGACUUAAACAUGCCAGAGAUCUGGGAGCAGAAGAGGUGAUGACCCGCAGCCGGGCCAGUGAGGGCCUUUCUGCCUCGUCUGUCGCCAUGGCGACCUGCCCCGCCCCGUCCUCUUCCUCCGGCAUCCUCACUGACGGUGAUGAGGACGGGAUGAUGGUCCUGCAGGAAGAGGGAUGAGAACACUCGUUUUUUUUGGAAAAUCAAACUGUUGUCAGACACUGUUAAAGAAAACUCAAAUCUCUUUUUACCUCCUCGCCCAGGAGCUCGCCCACGCUCCGGCAGCUUCCUGCCCCAACAAGAGUGUGUCUCCCUGGGCUAGAGCGAGCAGGACAGUCCCUGGAACUGCAGCGUUUGGUGAUGGCAGUGUACAACCUCAUGUUUUACUCUACAGUACAGGCCUAGCGGAGGUCGGCCUUUGGGGGACCAAAUCAGGAUAAGCUAAGUGUUGGUUAAAGGGGAAAUCUGGAGUUAUUCAGCCUGAUCUCUGUCUGUUGCAUCUGUAGCAUUUCAAAUUAUCAAUUCAGAUUAUUAAUUUAACCUAAAAACAAAAAACAUAUCACUCUGAAUGCAGAGUUGCUUUAUACUAGACUACUUAUAAUGAGAACCAAUGGGAACCAUUGCUUCAGUCCAGGCUUAUAAUAUACAGCAAUAGACUGUUGUUUCAAUCCUGAUAUCUGAUAUACAGCUCUGGAAAAAUGAAGAGAGCACUUCAGUUUCUGAAUCAGUUUCUCUGAUUUUGCUAUUUAUAGGUUUAUGUUUGAGUAAAAUGAACAUUGUUGUUUUAUUCUAUAAACUACAGACAACAUUUCUCCCAAAUUCCACAUAAAAAUAUUUUAGUCAUUUAGAGUAUUUAUUUACAGAAAAUGAGAAAUGGCUGAAAUAACAAAAAAAGAUGCAGAGCUUUCAGAUAAUCUCAAAUAAUGCAAAGAAAACAAGUUCAUAUUCAUAAAGUUUUCAUAAAGAGUUCAGAAAUCAAUAUUUGGUGGAAUAACCCUGGUUUUUAAUCACAGUUGUCAUGCAUCUUGGCAUCAUGUUCUCCUCCACCAGUCUUACACACUGCUUUUGGAUAACUUUAUGCUGCUUUACUCCUAGUGCAAAAAUUCAAGCAGUUCAGUUUGGUGGUUUGAUGGUUUGUGAUCAUCCAUCUUCCUCUUGAUUAUAUUCCAGAGGUUUUUAAUUUGGUAAAAUCAAAGAAACUCAUCAUUUGUAAGUGGUCUCUUAUUUUUUCCAGAGCUGUAUGUAUGGGCAGGUUCAAACCUUGGUUAUGUGGGGAGAGAGCGCCAUCUAGCCACCCACAGAGAGCAAGGCCAGUUGUGCUCUUUCAGGGCUCUGGCAGAUGAUGGCAAGCUGCAUAAUCAGGAUUCGGACCAACGAUCUCCAAAUCAUAGUGGCAGUGCUAAACCUGCUGGACCACUCAGAGCCCCAUUCAAUGUAUAUUCUAAUUAAUAUUAAUGGGCAAUAAAAAAAAUUUAAAAACUGACUUUAAAUUGAAAUAAGUUGGGCCUUAUUUCAACCCUGAAUUUAAAUUUAUGAAUUUAAAUAGAAACUAAACUAAAAAUCGCCUUUUCUAAUAAUAAAAAUGAAAAGAAGGUUAUUUCAGCCCUGAUCUACAGUCGGAUCUUUAUGCUACAGAUGUUCCAGACAGAGAUAAGGCUGUGAAACUACGAGAGUAUUCCUUUAAUCAUAAGCAGGGGAACUCUGUGAACUAUUUUGGGAACUAUUUUCAGUUUCAAUCAGUUUUGGGCUAAAGCUCAGUGCCUCCUCACGUGCUGUCAACCCAGCACGCCUCUCCGCUCUUGUGCAAUUCUGUCAGAUGAUUAUUAAUAUUAUUGUUAUUAAAUGAAAGAGUAAAAUAAGGUUUUUUGACAUUUAUAUAUAUGAAGAAAUCUCGGGGGGUGCAGUGCAGCGAGCUGUGCUGCCUCGUGGGUUUAAAACAUGAAACUGGAUAAUUUAUUUUGUUCUUAUUUUCUACAAACAGGACGCUUUUACUGAGAUUUUCUGUUUGCUCUCUUUUUUUAUUGUCUUUAAACUCUAAAGCCACUGAGGACAAAGGUGAACUAGCAUUACUGCUCCACUCAAGGGAUUCAGACUGAUUCUUCGCAGAGAGUUUGAUUCAGAAUGACUCUUCGCAGAGAGUUUGUUUCAGAAUGACUCUUUGCAGAGAGUUUGAUUCAGAAUGACUCUUUGCUAAGAGUUUGAUUCAGACUGAUUCUUCGCAGAGAGUUUGAUUCAGAAUGACUCUUUGCAGAGAGUUUGAUUCAGAAUGACUCUUUGCUAAGAGUUUGAUUCAGACUGAUUCUUCGCAGAGAGUUUGAUUCAGAAUGACUCUUUGCAGAGAGUUUGAUUCAGAAUGACUCUUUGCUAAGAGUUUGAUUCAGACUGAUUCUUCGCAGAGAGUUUGAUUCAGAAUGACUCUUUGCAGAGAGUUUGAUUCAGAAUGACUCUUUGCAGAGAGUUUGAUUCAGAAUGACUCUUUGCAGAGAGUUUGAUUCAGAAUGACUCUUUGCAGAGAGUUUGAUUCAGACUGAUUCUUCGCAGAGAGUUUGAUUCAGAAUGACUCUUUGCAGAGAGUUUGAUUCACACUGAUUCUUCGCAGAGAGUUUGAUUCAGAAUGACUCUUUGCUAAGAGUUUGAUUCACACUGAUUCUUCACGGAGAGUUUGAUUCAGGAUUAACUCUUUGCUAAAAGUUUGAUUCAGAAUUAGUGACUCUUUGCAGAGUUUGAUUCAGAAUGACUCUUCGCAGAGAGUUUGAUUCAGAAUGACUCUUCGCAGAGAGUUUGAUUCAGAAUGACUCUUUGCAGAGAGUUUGAUUCAGAAUGACUUUUUGGCAGAGAGUUUGAUUCAGAAUGACUUUUUGGCAGAGAGUUUGAUUCAGAAUGACUCUUUGCUAAGAGUUUGAUUCAGAAUGACUCUUUGCUAAGAGUUUGAUUCAGAAUGACUCUUUGCUAAGAGUUUGAUUCAGACUGAUUAUUCGCAGAGAGUUUGAUUCAGAAUGACUCUUUGCUAAGAGUUUGAUUCACACUGAUUCUUCGCGGAGAGUUUGAUUCAGGAUUAACUCUUUGCUAAAAGUUUGAUUCAGAAUUAGUGACUCUUUGCAGAGUUUGAUUCAGAAUGACUCUUUGCAGAGAGUUUGAUUCAGAAAGACUCUUUGCAGAGUGUUUAAUUGAGAAUGAGUCUUUGUUAAGAGUUUGAUUCAGUUUGCAAAAUUCCAUCCAUUCUGAAUCAAACUCUUAGCAAAGAGUCACUAAUUCUGAAUCAAACUCUCUUCAAAGAGUCAUUCUGAAUUAAACUCUGCAAAGAGUCACUAAUUCUGAAUCAAACUCUCUUCAAAUUGUCAUUCUGAAUUAAACUCUGCAAAGAGUCACUAAUUCUGAAUCAAACUAUCUGCAAAGAGUCAUUCUGAAUUAAACUCUGCAAAGAUCCAUCCAUUCUGUAUCAAAGUCUGUGCAAAGAGUAUGAUUAAUAAUAAAUGGAUCUUUUCAGAGACUUUGAUUCAGAAUGACUCUUUGCAGAGAGUUUGCUUUUGAAUGACUGUCUGUAGAGAGUUUGAUCCAAAGAUCCAUUUAUUCUGUAUCAACAUCCUUGCAAAGAGUAUGAUUCAUAAUAAAUGGCUCUUUGCAGAAAGUUAAAUUCAGAAUGACUCCUCGCAGAGAGUUUGAUUCAAAAUUAUUUUUUGCAGAGAGUUUGAUUCAGAAUGAGUCUUUGAAUCUGCUUUUUUUUUUCUAUUAUUGUCAAAGAAGGGUUGGUUCCAGUAUUCUGUCUGUCUGUGUGUCUAUCUGUCUGUCUGUUUGUUUUUCUGCCUGCCUGAAAGCUACACUGCAGGGCAAUGUAUGAUACUGUGUUUAACAGGAUUUUACCUCUUUUGGAAAUGAUUCACUGCAUCGUAAUCUUAGAUUUUACCCCAAUUCCAUUUAUUUGGUGUUUUAUCAAAUCUCACUGAUUUAGCUGUGAUUGAAUUCCAUUAUGAUUCUUUUAAAAACAAAUCAGUUGAUUGUGGGAUGUCCUAUUUCACCAAGACAUUAUUCAGUAAAUCAUUGUAUCUCAGAUUUGAUAAAGAUUUGGUUCGGUCAUGAUUCUUUUGAACACAGUUCAGUGCAUCAUAAAGUGUCAAAUUUCCCCAAGCUUUUAGGUAUGAAAGUAUGAAUCAUCUGCAAAUGAUUCAGUUCAUCUUGACAUGUCAGAUUUUACCAAAAUUUGAUUCAGUUAUUCUUUUGAAAAUUAUUUAAUAAUCAAAAUUUGCUAAUUUAAUUUAAUUUUUUUAUGUCCAAACAUUUGUGGACACACUUUCUGUUGAAUGCAUUGCUGACACAGAUGUAAAUGUCCCUGUAGAGAAUAGGACUCUAUUUGCACCAUAUAUAAUGUCAGGUGUGGGUUAUAGAGGGAUAUAAAGCCCCCAGUAUUGAGGUGUGGAGCUGUGGAGGAACUGUGUUCUCUGGAAUGAUGAUUAAGCUCCAUCCAAUACAUUUGGGUGGGGAAGUGGUCAUUCAGAAUCUCUCAAACCCGCACAGCAAUGCUGCAACAUCUAGUAGAAAACAUUCUGAGACAGAUACUCCAACAAAAGUCACAAGCAGGAGAAACUCGUUUUAAUACCCUUAAUUUAAGAAGAAAAAGUUAAACUAUCCCAAUAAUUUUGUCCAUACAAGUGCAUUACUGCUGUUCAGAUAACACAGCACAUCUCCAGUAUUCAAGAAGCUGCUUUGGGUCUCUGUGGGUCAUUUCCUGUUCUCAGAUCAGAUCAUUUUAAUUGGAGGAUCAUUAUAAAAGCUUUCAGUUAAUUGUUCAGGCAGAAUCACAGACAGUAGGUUUCUUCUGUUUUCCGUUUGUGUGUUUCUGCAUUCUGGAGGAGUCUGUUCUGAUCCUGUUGGCAUUAAGUAAAGCAGUAUGAGUGUCUCGGGGUCACCUGAGGUCAAUCUGCAGUUCUGUCGUGUUCAAAAGUGCCUCCUUCUGAUUUCAUAUCAAAGAUUCCUCACUUAUAGCUGUGUGUGGGUGUGGGUGUGGGUGUGGAGGGGGGGGAGGAGUAAGAGUGUGGGUUAUUGGAGUUCCUGAUCAAGAGCAUCAUAAACCGUACAGCAGCAGCAGCAGAGAUUUAGAGGCAAGCUCUGUGUGAAGAUGUGAGGACUGCAGAAAAGACUUAAAUAAAGAACUCCUGUGGAACAGA